AUAAUCCAGCUGAAGAUGGAGUUCGGGGAGAGGAAGAGGAGAAGGAAAUCCCGGAGCUUUAAACUGGUCACGGAUGAAGAAGAUUAUGACCCAUCAAAUGUGACAAAGGCCAGUUAUGCCAAUGGGGAAUCCAAUAAUGCUGCUGUUACUGAUGUUUGUCUGCAGGGGGAUGAGAGCAUGGAGAUCAAAAGGCAAAUCACAGGAAUGAUGAGACUUCUGAGUGAUAGGUCUGGCAGGGUUUAUCAGCGUGUCGGAUCGGAGCAGAACACCUCAACAAAGGAGUCCAAGGAUAAUUUGACUUGUACUCCGGUUCCAUCUCCUGUGUCAGAGGAUCCUCGGUGCAAUAACUGGAGCUCUGCGGGGGACCCAGAUCUGUCAUCUUCAUCCACAUCCACCCCUAUUGAUCCAUUCUUUGGCCAGUAUGGCACCCGCUCCAGAGCCCUCAGGAUCCACAAAAGCAAAAAAGAACCAAACGAUACGCUCCCACCUGCAGUGCAAGAACCUCCUUGUUGCAUGUGUAACUGUAAGGGCACCUUGCAGGCCAUACUGCAGGAACUACAAGCCAUGAGGCGGCUGAUGCAGACUCAAAAAGCAUCCUUUGACAGGCAUGAGCAAGGAUCACCAUGCCAUUCUCACCGUGGCCCAGCUUCUGCUCCUCAGCAUAUGCCGCCAAAAAGGAGACCAGUCUAUAAGGUGGCUCCACUUAGUGUAUCCACCACAAGGAGAGUCAUUACUCCUCUGGGUGCAUCAGCACCUAAAGAUGGUCCUAUAGAAUUUGGAAGGAGGGAGGAUAGAGAAAAACUAGAAGUCAACAUGCAUUCAGUUCCCUGCAAGGUUUCUGUGCUGCCACAUCAGGUCAGCAACACACACGAUCCUCCCCUGAACCAACCACGGGAGCAUCACGGGUCAGAGUCUGAGGUUCGUCUUGCAGAAGAUUAUGAUGUGUUCAUCUCAAAGGCCCAGCUAGAUUCCAUUCUGGUUAACUAUACACGCUCUGGCAGCCUGCUGUUUCGCAAACUGGUGUGUGCCUUUUUUGAUGACGCCACUCUGGCUAACUCACUGCCAAAUGGUAAAAGGAAAAGAGGGCUCAAUGACAACCGGGAGGGCUUAGACCAGGAUAUUGUUGGUGCCAUUAAAGUGUUUACAGAGAAAUACUGCACUGAACACAGAAUAGAGAAGCUGCCUGGACCUAGAGACUGGGUGCAGAUUCUUCAAGAUCAGAUCAAACUUGCCAGGAGGAGACUGAAACGAGAUGCUGCAGAAGCUGAGGGAAACUCAAAUGGACCAUCCACAAGUAUGAACCUCACAUAAAACUGUUCCCAUGCCUGCAUGGCCAUCAUCCUCACAGCAGGUGGAUCUGUUUGCGUUUCCCAUUCUUCCCACUUUAGUUUUGUCGUCUAACAUCUUUUUUUUUUCAUCAACUCCCCCUCUGAGCACACGAUGAGCUUUACCUCUCCUCACUCCAUUGUCACAACACACCCACAAAUUGGUGUCUCGAGCUCUCUCAUUG